UAUGUACGCGCGGCUGCAAGACCACUCACUCUGCGGAUCUCACUUGCGCGUUAUGACAGUCGUGAGUCCUGCGCAGCGCCUCGACUUUCGGUCCUCUGCCCGGCUUACCACGCGUGACCACCGAAGGCUGACCAGCUGGGGCCACCAUCAGGAAUCCUGCCUGACCACCUCCUCUGAAAGUCAUCACUCACCAUCAACCACCCUCGUCUCGCCAACGGCUCUUCGUACCGCAUUUUACUCCCUUCGUGAACUCUCAUUCGACUCUUUCCGCCUUCUCCCGGCCCUCGGACCGAACUGAAGCACGCGCAUCGCCGGCGCUGGCAUCGACCCGAGCCAAUUACCGCAGCACGCUUGACUUAUUCGUGGAUCCGAGAACCACUCAGCGCAGCCUCGUCUUCAAAGCAGCGACGCACAGAAGCGGACCUGCUCAAGACUUUGCUGGCUUCAGCAACCGCCACGUCUGCGCAGCGGGCCGUCAUUACGACCAUCUGCACCCGUUCCAGCACAUGUGCUCGAAUUAAUCCCGUGUCCACCAACGCCGGCGAUCGACAGGGGGACGCGAUACCCUGUGCCCGGCCUUUCAUACUCUUGGAGUGGGCACAUACCUGGAUAGGCCUUUGGCUGAUCCAUCGACACUCUCAUCUUGAGGCCCGAGGCUCGACGUCCUCGACGCAUCAGCCUGCGAAGCGCUGCUUCUCUCGCAGAUCAAAGCACCUCUGCAUGCCCAACGCAAAGACCUUCCACAACGGGCACGCAAAGCAGUGA